AUGUCAUUUACUCGCAACUUGCAAAACUACUUAAAGCAGAAUAAUCACACAAGUCCAGCAAGUGGUAAGUGGAGUAAUUCAGUUGAGGAUUACGAGUUCUUAGAGCAGAUUGGCGCGGGAUCAUUUGGUCAGGUGUUCAAGGCAAAGAUCGACGGCAGUCACUGUGCAGUAAAGCGUAUUUGUAAAGCCCAGUCACCCAACAUCAGCAAAAUCCUCUCUGAAGUGUUCAUUCACAUUCGCCUGUCACAUCACCACAUUUUGCAGCUGUUCAAUGUUCUGGAGGAUCUCAACAAUGUCUACCUGGUCAUGGAAAUGUGCCACGGGGGCUCUUUAUCCCACCUGAUUAGCCGAUUGGUUGAACAACAAAAAUCCGAAAAUGGCACGAGUUCAGCUGAAACUACCCCCACUAUUAACCCUUUAAAGCCCGUCCUGCCGUAUGUUGUCAUCGGAUCCAUUUUGCGGCAACUUUGUUCUGCACUUGAGUACCUUCAUCGAAACUUCAUCAUUCAUCGUGAUCUCAAUCUGAACAACAUCCUACUAGUCAAAUCGCUCACUCUUCCAGUGUCAGAUAAAGAAACGUUUUCAGAAGAUCUCAACUCGAUUCACAUCAAGCUGGCCGACUAUGGUCUGGCGAUUGACCUCAAUCAACAGGUUGUCAGUCCUGUGGUGCCAGCAAAUGCCGCCAUGGGCAACACCAUCUGCGGAACUCCAGGCUUUAUCAGUCCGGAAAUCUGGAAACAACUGCGGACAGGAGCGCCUGCCAUGGUGUCGCCAAAAAGUGACAUUUACAGUCUCGGCUCUAUUCUCUUUGCCUGCAUAGCGGGAUACACUCCAAGUGGUAACAUUGAGCUGACCAACUUUCUGCCAAUGACAACCGAUCUCAUAACGCAACUGCUUGAAGAGGUGCCCGAGAAAAGGCCUAGUUUGAACGACAUUCUCGAGCACAUUUUCGUUUCUGGACGCAUUGACUCUACGCGACUACUGCCAAUAGAGAAAACGACUAAAAAUAUCCGCAUGUCAAUCGAUAAAUCUGGCACUGUGGAGUUGUGCUUUCUCCAAGACAAGGUCACCAUUUUAGCUUCUGCUGAUGGCUCACAAAUCACCGUCAAAUGUCCGAAUACUUUCAAGAGGGAAUACUCUUUCUACGAACUACCUCAAAGCUACUGGAAACGGUAUGGCUAUCUGACACGAUUCAUCAGGUUGAUUAAAUCAAAGACUGCUAAAAUAACGAUUCAUUGUGAAAAGCUGUUAAAGGAAAACAGUGGUAGUAACAACAAGGAGUACAUUUCGCGUGGAACCUUGAUGGAGAACGGCGACUUUGAAGUGACACUGUUCAAUAAAGUACUCAAAGAGGACUUUAAGUUUAAGAUCACCGAUCAACUGCCGAAAAAUCUGGAAAAGUACAAACCGACCCUUGAAGUACUUCAAUCCAGGCUCCUAGAUGUCGAACGAGAGUUUACGGAAAUGAAAAGCGCUGAAAUGAACAAGGAUCACAUUUUUCCAAUCUCUUGUGGAUUCAACGACAAGAUUUGCGAACUGCUCAAAAAGAAAAAUGAAUUUACGAGUGUUACACAGAGCCAAAUAUUAAAAUCGAUAAAAAUCGAUGGAAUUGGCUUGGCUACACAGUUUUCCAAUGGCUCUAUCAAGGUCAACUUUAAGGACGGCUCCAAUCUCUCGUUGGACAAUAAAAGUCAGAUAUUCUACAUUGACAAAGAAAACAUUCUCCGAAGCUUCAACAAGGACGACAUUCUACCGGAGGUGGUGCUGCAAAAGAUUGCCCGCAUGCCACAGGUGAUUGAUCACCUGCGAGGCAGCGAGGCAGCACCUUAG